UCAGUCUCUCACAGAUUCAUACCCUCGCAUCAGUUUUGCUCCGGUACUGCCGUCGCCGCCUUCAUUCCGACGCCGGAAUCUUUCCGCCAAUUGGAGGUCUCUGAAGACAUUUAAAAUGCUGGAUUCAGUAAGAGCUUAUACCGUUCAGUGUGCCAACUGUUCAAAGUGGAGGUUCAUCCCUACAAAGCAGAAAUAUGAACAGAUAAGAGAAACUAUAGCUGUACUGCCUUUCCAUUGUGAAAUGGCUCGUGAAUGGCGGCCUGAAAUAACAUGUGAUGAUGAAUCAGAUCUUAUUAAAGAUGGCAGCUGGCUUUGGGCGAUAGACAAGCCCGGUAUUCCUCAGCCUCCUCAUGGCUGGCAACGAAUUUUACGAAUAAGAGCUGAAGGAGGAACAAGAUUUUCUGAUGUGUACUAUGAUGCUCCAUCGGGCGAGAGAUUUCGAUCAAUGGUGAAAGUUCGGAGCUUUCUAAAUGAACAUCCAGAAUAUCAGGGUGUCAACGACAACUUUCAGUCUCUCACAGAUUCAUACCCUCGCAUCAGUUUUGCUCCGGUACUGCCGUCGCCGCCUUCAUUCCGACGCCGGAAUCUUUCCGCCAAUUGGAGGUCUCUGAAGACAUUUAAAAUGCUGGAUUCAGUAAGAGCUUAUACCGUUCAGUGUGCCAACUGUUCAAAGUGGAGGUUCAUCCCUACAAAGCAGAAAUAUGAACAGAUAAGAGAAACUAUAGCUGUACUGCCUUUCCAUUGUGAAAUGGCUCGUGAAUGGCGGCCUGAAAUAACAUGUGAUGAUGAAUCAGAUCUUAUUAAAGAUGGCAGCUGGCAUUGGGCGAUAGACAAGCCCGGUAUUCCUCAGCCUCCUCAUGGCUGGCAACGAAUUUUACGAAUAAGAGCUGAAGGAGGCACAAGAUUUUCUGAUGUGUACUAUGAUGCUCCAUCAGGCGAGAGAUUUCGAUCAAUGGUGAAAGUUCGGAGCUUUCUAAAUGAACAUCCAGAAUAUCAGGGUGUCAAAGAGUCACAGUUUUCAUUUCAAAAUCCAGCACCAUUGGAGGAAAAUUAUGUGCGAAAGUCUACUCCUGCUGCUUCCCAUGGGAGGAGUGGCGCUUUGGUACCAGCACCAAUGGAAGAAAAUUAUGUGCGAAAGCGUCGUGCUACUUCUGCUGCUUCACAUGAGAUGAGUGGCGCUUUGGUACCAGUUCAAAAUCCAGCACCAAUGGAGGAAAAUUAUGAGCGAAAGCGUCGUGCUACUUCUACUACUUCACCUGAGAUUAGUGGCGCUUUAGUACCAGUUGCUGCAAUUCCCAUAUCUUGGGUUAUUCCGGACCAGAUGACGGACUUUCACUUUGGUGAGGAAGGAAACUUUGCUUCAGAGGUUGAGGUGGAAGCACCUGCAGAAAGUUUAGCUCCAUGUGUCAAUGAUCCCGGUGCAGGCAGCUGAUGUGGAGAGCAUACUUGACAACAAGAUGCAGAUUUCUAGCCUGUAAAUUAUAAGAUGCAUCAGUUGGUUCUUUAGUUUUCUAUGCAAGAUACUUUUCAUGGAAACAAUCCAAGCACCUUCAUCAUACUGUAUUAGUAUUGAUUGUGUGAAAACAGUGUAAAACUAUCACAGUAUUUAUCGUUCAGAAGGCAUAGGGGCCCUAUUCAAGUCUCUGCUUGUA